UGAAUGUUGUCUAAUUUAUUUUACUUAUUUCAAUCUUCCAAUUUGGAAUAAAAAUUAUCGAUAAUAUUUUGAAAAGGUACUUUCUCCUGAUAAAACAACUGUGAAACUGUUUUCAUUAUUUCUAAUCUGUUAUUAAAGUAAAUAAUAAUUUCCAAAACUAUUUUUCCGAAAAUUCCCCUUUUUGGGAUCUUCAUAGUUUCAAUGCCAGUUUUAACCAAUGGUUUCCAUCUGCAAAGCUUCAAAGUCUUUUUACUUUGAUUUUCAUCAAGAUGAGCAAGCAGAAGGAAAUUUUAUUUUGCCUCACAACUUUCUUAAUUUCAAUCCGAUCUUAAACCUAAUUAAUUAGGCUUAAAUUACAGCUAAUUAAUUCCUCUGAUAAAUUAACAGUUUCAAUGUAGCUUCGCAGAGCAAAAAUUACCACUAAUUCUAGUAGCCAUUUCAAAAAACUAUUUAUCUCAUAUCCCAUUGACCUCAGAUAAUCUUCUAAAAUUCAAAAUAACAAGCAGUCAGCAAUGAUUCAUCAUUUGAAACGUUUCUCAUAUUUUCAAGAGUGUUAAUUUCCUUGGAAAAAUAAACUUUAAAACUCGUUAGUCGAGCGUUUGCGGUUGAAUCAGUGCUUUACAAUGACUAGUUGGCGUUGUUUUACAAAUUCGGAACUCCAAGUGGAUUUCGUGUUGGCCUACGACGAACAAGGCAAGCCGGAGCACAUCCAAAAACGCAACACUUUCGAAGCCAACUUACAAAACACCGGCCUAAUAUUGGAAAGAGAAGUGAACCAACGAAUAUACUUUGUUAAAAUUCACGUACCUUGCGAAGUACUUUGUCAGUACUGCGAAAUUCUCAAACUGAGACUGCCUAUUAAAGAUUACAAUGAACAACUUCCAAAGGAUAAUAUAGUGGUUAAAGCUGUUAAUAGUUGUUUGGAAAAAUGUAAAGUGGCUUUGGAUUCGAAGAAAUUUCCGCCCAAAAAAUAUCAACUGACUGCUGAAUUUAGUAAAGACAAAGAUUAUUUAUUCGAUGUAGAUGCUCCAGAUUUUUUUAAUGACUCAAUUAAAAUAGCUGUAGCCUCGUAUAUUUUAGAAAGGGAGAAGUUUGGCUUGGAAGAUCAAAAUAAGGGUAUUAAACAAUUAAUUUCUGAAGGGAUUUAUAAGGCUGCUUAUCCCCUACAUGAUGGAGACAUCGAUGCAACUGGUUCAAAACGCAACCUCCUAUUCCACGAAUGGGCCUCGGUAUCCAAAUGGAUAAAAUUCCAACCAAUAGACGACAUAAAAGACUAUUUCGGCGUCAAACUGGCCCUCUACUUUUCUUGGUUGGGAUUUUACACUCACAUGCUCAUACCUGCCGCUAUCGUAGGCAUCAUUUGCCUAUUAUAUGGCAUUUUAACUUUACCAUCCGACACUUUGAGCCGCGACAUUUGCAAGCUAGACAUCACAAUGUGCCCGUUGUGCGACAAAUUUUGCGACUAUUGGAAACUGAACGCUACGUGUACCUAUUCGAAAAUACAGCAUCUAAUUGAUAAUCCAGCUACGAUAUUUUUUGCUGUUUUUAUGUCGAUUUGGGCUGCAAUUUAUUUGGAAUUGUGGAAACGUUACAGUGCUGAGAUAGCUCACAGAUGGGGCUUGACAGGUUUCGACUUGCAAGCUGAGCCACCUCGUCCUGAAUACCUUUUACGCUUGUCCAACGCUAAAAAAAAGAAACUCAACGUUAUAACGCAACUGCAAGAGCCUGUAGUGCCUUUUUGGCGGGUGAAAUUACCUUCAAUAAUCCUUAGUUUUACUGUGGCUUUAUUUUGGGCUUUAAUCGCCUUGAGCGUUGUUAUAGGCAUAGUCAUUUACAGAAUGUCUUUGGUAACAUCAGCUUCUUUAUACAGGGACAGAACUGGCGUCAGAAUCUACAUAGUGCCUUUAACAGCAGGAUUGCUGAAUUUAGUUUGCAUAGUAAUAUUGAAUAUGAUUUACGACAGAUUAGCUGUUUGGUUGACUGAAAUGGAACUACAAAGAACCCAAACUGAGUUUGACGACAGCCUCGCUCUAAAAAUCUACAUUUUCCAGUUUGUCAAUUACUAUUCCUCGAUAUUUUACAUAGCCUUUUUCAAAGGCAAAUUCGUCGGAUACCCUUCCAAGUACAACAAGGUUUUCGGAUAUAGGCAGGAAGAGUGCCAACCCGGCGGAUGUCUGAUAGAACUCACAAUACAAUUGGCAAUAAUUAUGAUUGGCAAUCAGGCGAUGAACGGCGUAAUGGAAAUGGUUAUACCAUUGUGCUAUAAAAUGUACAAUACGUUUUUGAUUACGAAAAAAUUGGAAGAUGUCGAUACUGAAAAGGAGUUGAUUGGUUGCAAUCAGUGGACUGCCGAUUAUAAUUUGUCGGAUCUUGAGUCUCGCAGUUUGUUUUCGGAAUAUUUAGAAAUGGUGCUCCAAUAUGGUUUUGUUACCCUUUUUGUGACUGCCUUUCCUCUAGCACCUUUAUUCGCACUGAUCAACAACGUUUUGGAAAUGAGACUGGACGCGAAAAAGUUCAUAAAAUACUAUAGAAGACCAGUACCUCAACGGGUCAAAAAUAUUGGAGUCUGGUAUCGGGUUUUAACAGUAGUAGGACGCAUAGCCAUAGUAUCGAACGCAAUGAUUCUAGCCUUUUCAUCCAAUUUCAUCCCCAAACUAGUUUACAUGCUAAAAGUAAAUCCCGAUCACACCGAAGACGGAUUUUUAGACUUCAGUUUGGCUUAUUUCAAUACGUCUGAUUUUAAUGCGCCAGAAACCUCCCUAUAUAAUGCCACAGUUUGUCGUUAUGCGGAGUUUAGAAACCCUCCAGACGAUCCACAAAAAUACAAAAGGCCUUUAAUUUAUUGGCAUAUUUUAGCAGCCCGAUUAGCUUUUAUUGUAGUGUAUCAAAACUUGGUUAGUUUUAUUAUAACUAUUGUUGAAUGGACUAUACCGGACGUUAGUAGGAAAUUGAAUGAUAGAAUCAAGAGGGAAGCCUAUAAAAUUAAUGAGAUUAUUAUUAAAAAUGAAACUGAGAGAGUGAGAAAAAAGAGCAAUAGUGUAAGAAAACGAGACUCUGUCUUAUCAGGAAUUACAAUAUAUCAUGACGCAAUUAGUGAAGCUGGAGAUGCGAGAAGUACAAGAUCGUCAGCCUUCCUAGAUACUGUAGACGACAGCAGUUAACAUUAUAUUAAAAAAUCACUUGCCACAGUCAUAUUUACUUACAGUUUUAAGUCACAUUUGAUUUGAAAUGGGACCAAAAAACAAGUUUGUUGCCGAAAGUUGUGAUACUUUGCGUUUUGAGAUUUUUAAUUGUUAAACAUGUGGCCUUAUUUGGACCAAAACUGUUACGAGGUAAUUUAAUUUAUUUAUUUGUUUUACUGAUUUAUUAGGAACACGUUUUCCUAGCUUUAAAUAGAUCUAAUGUUUAUUUUGUAAGGUUCUAAAGCGAAUAUUUUAUCUUAAUUCAGACAUGAUGUAUAACUUUUUUUAUAUGAAAAUUAUUGACGUUUAAAUAAAUUUGUAUUUAUUAGUUUUUUUUUCUUUGUAAUUUAGUUCUCUGACAAUUACAACUUGAUUUUGAUACACAAUUAUUUUGGCUUUCCUGUUAUGCAUUAAAACUACAAAACCUGUAAUAAACUUUUCAAUAUUUAUUUUAUUAACAGAAACUAUACAAUAAAUAAUAAUUCAACAUAAUACAUAUUUAAUAUUCUGGCAAUUGAUAGUAAAAAUUAAAACAAUCAAUUUAGUAUUGAAUCAUUCUUGAAAAACAUAUAAUAAAACAACAAUUUUGUUUUCAAAAAGUAAAAAAUAAUAAUAAAUCUAUAAUCAAUCAGUGCUUUCCCCAAUAAUAGUUAUUUAAGGCAAUAUAUUCUUAUCAUAAUGUACAAAAAAUUCAACUUAUGUUGGUCAUUUAACCUCUAUCCCGUGUUUUUUCAGCAACUCCCUCAGUUGAGUAUUUUCAUUCUCCAAUGAAAAAUUUUUAGUUCUCAAUUGCUCCACUGCGUUAACUAAUUUUUUAUUUUCCUUAAUACAAGUCCCUAGGCGAGUCUCACUAGCCUGAAGCUCAAUAAUAUGCUCAAAAGCUUUAGAUAAAAUACCCCCUUUGGAAUGACCAUCAUAUUGUCCAUUCCCUUUAAGAUCCUGAGGACUUUCUGGUAAAAUUUUAGCCAGCCUCGCUAUCCAGUUGUUUAUUUUGUCCCUGCGACGCCUUUCUACUUCGUUGUGAGUGGCCCUUCGCCUUUCGUCCCUUUUUUUUACUUGCACUACAACCGAAUUUUCCAAAGUUUGGGGUCGUGGCGCUAUUGGUCUACUGGUGGUUGUGGUGUAAGAUUCAGGAUUGCCGAUAACGUAAAUUGGACCGUUUGUCAGCAUUUGUGAUGAACUUGUAGAGGAGAAACUGCCAGAGGUUGCAACGUACUCUGGAGUAUCGGGAGUGUCUUGGACUUGUAGUACUCUGUAGGUUAUCAUU